GAUUCUUACCAAGCUCUCAACUCAGCUCACAGUCUCUCCCUCUUCCUUCAAAUCACUUUUUCCUCUAUAAAUCCAGCGCUUUAAUCCUUGUCUUCCAAUUGUUCGAUAAAACUCCCCUUUCGAAUAUGGCUGUUGAUUCCGCUCAUUCGUCUCCGCUUGGUCCGCCGGCAGGCGAGAAAGACGCAAAGGCUUUGCAGUUCAUCGAGGAAAUGACUCGAAACGCGGAAUCCGUUCAAGAAAGAGUCCUUGCGGAAAUCUUGACUCGAAACUCACAGACCGAGUAUCUAACCAGGUUCAAACUCAAUGAUGCAACGGACCGUGAAACUUUCAAGUCCAAAGUUCCAGUCAUUACUUACGAAGACCUUCAGCCUGUAAUCCAGCGUAUAGCUAAUGGUGACCGCUCUCCGAUUUUAUCUGCCCACCCCAUCUCUGAAUUUCUCACCAGCUCCGGGACAUCAGCCGGUGAAAGGAAACUUAUGCCAACGAUUAAAGAAGAGCUAGAUCGCCGUCAGUUGCUCUACAGCUUGCUCAUGCCAGUGAUGAAUAUUUAUGUGCCGGGCUUGGACAAAGGCAAGGGACUCUAUUUCUUGUUUGUGAAAUCAGAAACAAGGACCUCAGGUGGUCUCUUGGCUCGCCCUGUCCUCACCAGCUACUACAAGAGCGAUCAUUUCAAGACUCGGCCGUUCGAUCCUUACAACGUUUACACCAGCCCCAACGAAGCCAUCCUCUGCCCGGACUCGUUCCAGAGCAUGUACACCCAGAUGCUCUGUGGUCUACUCGAGCGCCAUCAAGUUCUCCGUCUCGGUGCGGUGUUUGCUUCCGGACUCCUCCGUGCGAUUAGGUUCCUUCAACUCAACUGGCGACAACUCGCACAGGAUAUCGAAACUGGUUCCUUGAAUCCGAACAUCACCGACUCUUCAUUAAGUGGAUGCAUUGCUAAGAUCCUUAAACCCAACCCCGAACUCGCUGAGUUCGUUCGACAUGAAUGUUUGAAGGAUAGCUGGGAGGGGAUUGUUACAAGAAUUUGGCCCAACACGAAAUAUCUUGAUGUUAUUGUGACUGGUGCUAUGGCGCAGUAUAUUCCAACCCUUGAUUAUUACAGUGGUGGGUUACCUUUAGCUUGCACCAUGUAUGCUUCAUCGGAAUGUUACUUUGGUUUGAACCUUAACCCGAUGUGUAAACCAUCGGAAGUUUCAUACACCAUAAUGCCAAACAUGGCGUACUUCGAGUUCUUACCCCAUGAGCCUGACUCAGCCGGUGUCAGUCUCACUCGUGACUCACCUCCUAAACUUGUUGAUCUUGUGGGUGUUGAAAUCGGGAAAGAAUACGAGCUCGUGAUCACGACCUAUGCAGGGUUAUGCAGGUACCGGGUGGGAGAUAUUCUCCGCGUCACCGGGUUCCACAACUCCGCCCCGCAGUUCCAUUUCGUGAGGAGAAAAAAUGUGUUGCUCAGCAUUGACGCAGACAAAACCGACGAGGCCGAGUUACAAACGGCGGUCGAAAAUGCCUCUCGACUCCUCCGUGAGUUCAACACCAGCGUUGUCGAAUACACGAGUUAUGCCUACACGAAAACGAUCCCCGGUCACUAUGUGGUGUACUGGGAGUUGUUGGUGAAAGACUCGGCUAACACGCCCAAUAACGAGGUCCUGCAACAAUGUUGUUUAGCAAUGGAGGUGUCACUCAACUCGGUGUACCGACAAUGCCGUGUCGCGGAUAACUCAAUCGGCCCACUUGAAAUCCGUAUGGUGAAAAAUGGCACAUUUGAAGAGUUAAUGGAUUAUGCAAUAUCAAGAGGGGCAUCCAUUAAUCAGUACAAGGUUCCAAGGUGUGUUAGUUUCACUCCAAUCAUGGAGUUGCUCGAUUCUAGGGUGAUAUCGGCGCAUUUCAGCCCAGCUUUGCCGCAUUGGACCCCAGAAAGGAGAAGAUGAUCUCUUAUAUUUGUAGAUUCUCUUUGGUUCCAUUUUUUUAAAAGAUUUAAUGAUUAAAUCUAAAAUUUAAGCAUAUUAAAAGGAU